AUGGCCUCCAUUCCGUGUCAAAUUUGCGGUAAACCAGGCCAUGGAACGCAUUUCGGAGCCGUCAGUUGUCGGGCGUGCGCCGCCUUCUUCAGGUAACCCAAAAAUUGAACCGGAAACGGAAUUGUCGGUUUUUGAGAAGAAGUAUCAUCGAUAACAGUGAUGCAACUUUCAAAUGUUUGCGUGGAAACGACGAUUGUUCGCUGAAGUUUGUGGGAAAGUGAGUUUUGGAAGGAAAAUAUUGGCAAAUGACGCAAUUUGUAUAGGUUUUACUGCAAAAAGUGUCGGUUGCAAACGUGUUUCGAUAAAGGAAUGGAUCCGAAGCGUGAGUUUCUUAGAUUUAUAGAAAGAUUUAACCAAAAAGGUAUACCUGAACACUUUAUUCGAUGAUUUCUUCAAAACCUCAUCAUCUUGAGUGAUAUUGACUAAAAAUUGAGAGGCUACGCUCAAAAACCCCGAUGAAUUUCUCUGAGAUUUCUCAAAACUUUGCUGAAAUUGAGUAGUUUUCAGAUUUCCAACACGGCCGCGACAAAAUCAAAGCGCCGUCCCCGCCGAUCAUCCCCGAAUCGAUGUCCACGUUCGUCGGAAGGCCCGCCUUCAUCAUCCACUGCGUUCCGAGUGCCGGCCUCAAAAAAUCGAUGGUCGACGUGACGGAUUUGAUCGAAAAAGCGGCCGAUUUACUGCGAUUCGGAGCGCCGUCCGUCUCGAUCGAAUGCUUGGGAAUUCUGGAGAAAAUGAGCAGGGCGCACAGAUUGGCUCAAAAAACCGAGAACGGAUUGGAUUUCCAGCAAGUUCCAGUUUUGGGCGAGCGCUUCUUUUUGCAUUACUGGGAAACGGAUCUGUUGAAGACUGCGAAAUGGCUGACACACUUUGACGGAUUCCAAUGUUUGCCACUGGCCGUCCAGCUCCAGGUACUGAUGGCCACGUGGCAUCUGCGUGCCCGGUUGGACCGCCUGAGCACGACUGCAAAGUUACGGAAGAACGCGAGGAUCGGAGAGCACAAGUUUAUGAUCGAUAAUAGAGUGUUUUUGGAUUUGAAAAGCUGUAAAUUGGAUGUUUCUUGGUGCUCAAAGUACACGAAUGACGAGAUCAAGUUGUGAGUCUUACGAUGUUUUUACAGUUGACAACUUUUACUGUAUGUCUUGUGAAAUGCGCUACAGUAACCUUAGAAGUGGUCGUACAGAAAAAUGAUCAACUACAAAAGUGUAGUUCUAGAUGUGAACAACAUUUUUGCAAUUGACAACUUGUUUCCAUAAUUACUCCUAAGCUCAUUGUAUGUCUUAGAAGUUCGCGCUGAAAUGCAGUAGCUAUUGUUAACUUCAAAGUUGUUGUUUUUUUCAGUUUCCUAGAAGAGUCCGACGAUUGGGUCCACAACGAAUUGGUGCAAUAUCUGGAAGACUUGAAUCCGUCAGACAUUGAAAUCAGUUUUAUGAUGUGUCAAUUAUGUUUCCAUUACGCUGGAAAACGUUUUCAAGGGGACGUACUCGUCAAAAUGGAACAAUUCGAGGAUGUGAUUUCGGACGACCUGCACAAGUACUAUGAGAAUCAGAAUGUUCGAAACUACUCGGAACGGCUCGGCAAAAUGAUGAAGAUCAACAAUAUGCUGCAGAAGAUUAUAUGGGAGAAACGAUGGAAGACGGAACUCGCGAAGACGUUCGACAUCUUCUACGUCGACUUUUCACAUCCGGAAAUGUUUCAAGAUUGCUGUUGA